GUUCCGGGUUCAGCCAGGCACGUGGGUGGGGGCAGGAUGGGACUCCGGCUGGGGCUGAUAUUGCUUCUCAGUUGGGUGCACAAUGUAGCAGCUGGAAAGAUGAAGAUUGUUGAAGAACCAAAUACAUUUGGGUUGAACAACCCAUUUUUGCCCCAGCCUAACAGACUCCAGCCAAAGACUGAACCAUCUGCUGUUUCAGGUCCUCCUCACCUUUUCAGGUUGGCUGGAAAGUGCUUCAGUUUUGUGGAAUCCACGUACAAAUAUGAAUUUUGCCCUUUUCACAAUGUCACUCAGCAUGAGCAAUCCUUUCGGUGGAAUGCGUACAGUGGUAUUUUGGGAAUAUGGCAAGAAUGGGAAAUUGAGAACAAUACAUUUAGUGGCAUGUGGAUGAGAGAAGGGGACUCCUGCGGGAACAAAAACAGACAAACAAAGAUUCUAUUGGUUUGUGGAAGAAGCAAUAAGUUGUCUCAAGUGUCGGAGCCAAGCACAUGUAUCUACUUUCUGACCUUUGAAACGCCUCUAGUUUGCCAUCCUCACUCCCUGUUAGUAUAUCCAGCCCUGGUGGAAACUUUGCAGAGCAAAUGGGAUACGGCAGAACAGUCAUUGUAUGAUGGUUUAAUUACUGAGCAGGGCUAUAGAAAAUCACUACGGAGUAUUUUUCAAGAAGCUGGAUACCUAAAAAAGACAACCGGUAAUGAGAGCAAUGUAAAGGAAAACGAGACCGAGAGCACGCAAUUAGAGUCAUUGGAUAAAUGCAGGAAGGCCUACUCAGACCUAUCCAAAGAGAUAAAACGACUGGAAGGUAUUUUGGAUCUGAAUGACAUCACAUAUGAAAAACCCGGAGAACGAGUACAAGUUGUCCGAUCAGUUGGCUUGAGCACACCUGCAGCAAACGUUGACGAUAAACAUCAUCUGCGUGGUGAUACAGGAGUUCGCACUGAUCAAUAGCAUCAGUGGCAUUUUCAACUAUUUUGAAAGAUAUUCGUUUGGCGACCUUUAUUCUGCUGAUUGUUUUAUUUGUCUUGUUAUCUUUAAUCAGCACUUGAAUUUUGCUCCAGAUCUGUGUGAAUGGAUUUGUAAAGCGUUUUCCCCACCACAUUUCUGUGUUUAAAUUAUAAAUGUAAAGGGUUGGGGAGAAUAUUAAUGUUAAGACCUUACAGUUAGUGGUUGUGACAAGUUAACUUCACACUUAUGUAUAUAUGUUGUAUUUCAGAAACUAAGUUUAUGUAAAAUAGCAUAAGUUAUUUGUUUAAUAACAUUAAUUGGUUGCUUUUUUUAAAAAAAAAUUUAUGAACACGUCAUAUACAAAUGUAAAAUUUCACAGCUGUUUACUUACAAAAAGAAAAAAAUGACUUAUUUUGAGUAAAGGUUUUAAAAACUAUUAUUUUAAUAUACAGGUACAAAUCCACAAAACCGGAAUUCCAAAAUCCAAACUUAUUCUGAAAUCCAAACUUUGUAAUUAAUAUUUUUUUCAAAAUAAAAUUAUCAAAAAUGACUUCUUUCCCCGUCUUGAAGUCAUAAUCUUCUCUG